CUCGCUUGCUCAUGGCAGCUUUUCACUAUUUCACUAAAGCGGCUUUGUCUCUCCUGAUAAGCCCUUCCCCUACAAAAACAGAAAUCAUUGAGAGAUAUGCGCCCCAGACCCCAUCCCCCAGGCAAAUCUGUUUUCACGGGGCCUUUGCUUCCCACGAAAAGGUCGACGAAAACGUGCCUCUGCCAAUUGACCAAGCAUCAUCGAGAAAAUGGUCGCGUGCUCCCCAUGGUGUCGCCGCCGAGCCGACGAAUCAGCGGCCCGGACGAGCCCAUGUGGUGAGCCUCGACCCUUGGAGCAGACGCCAAUGCAAGCUCUCUGUGCCGCAAAUCUUGGCUUCUUGUCUCUAUCUCUCUCUUUCUCCAGCUUAUGACUAGUAUUUCCUCUGCUUUUAUCCCUCUCUGCUUGUUAUUUCGGCCCACUUGCCGUCGACAUGGGCAGCUUCGUCCUCUCAGACCUCGCCGGUGAGUCUCGUGCCCUCGUGCCCUUCCAACCAUGUAUAGCGGGUAUAUUAAACUCGAGCUACGGGUUGGCGUGCGAUGAGCUCUGUGCAUGUCAAUUGUCAAUUGCACAUACACGGCCAUUGUCUGUGCUGGGGGCGGCAUUGGGUGCUGUCCCCUACGCCAUGGCGCUCUCCGUGGCUGUUUGCGUUCGGUCCUAGCACUUACAUGCCACAUGCUGCUACUUCGUAUCGUGCUUGCUUCCACCCUUUCUCUUUCGCCAAAAGCCUCACAGCGUCCUUUGAUGACAUCUGCACAGACCCUCCGCCCAUCCACUUUUUUACAGCUUCUCUUGGGUUUGGGUUUGAGCAACCCACGUUGGACGAGCUCGCGUGUCCAGUGGCAAAAUGUG